UCAUAAGAAAGCAAAAAAAACAUAUUUUCGCGUAUUUUUUUUCAAACAACUAAGAAAGACCGUGGAAAAACGAAAAGUUAAAAGCAACCAUUUUAAAAGCCAAAAAUGCAUGCAAAAAAAACAAAAUCCAAAAGAAGCACCCAGGAUGCGACACAUGGUGACGGCUGAGAGCGCGCCAAGUAACACGCUCUCAGCUUAUCACAAGUGAUUGUUGCGGGGCUCUCGAAGGAGCACUCAUCAACAAGUUGCUCUCCCCUUUUAGCUUGCGUGGCAGACCGAUCCUCGAGCCGGCCUUUUAUAAAGGCUGAUAUGGGCCGUACCGUGCCAGGCUUUUAUCUAGGCGUGCCGGCCCGCCAGGUCUGCUUGUUAGGUAAAGAAACCUACAUUGCCUCGUCAAAAAAGAAAAAGGGUAAAGAAACCUACCGAUUCAGGAGUCAAACGAUCUUCACGUCCAUGGCCACACCGCCACAGCCCCCAUGGAGUGGAUGAUGCUCGAGCCCUUCGUGUUCCGCAGGGACGGAGAUUCUUCCUUCCCGGACGACCGGACCGCGCCCUUCAGGGCCGAAGGCAUCAGCUCCCACGGCGGCCCCUUCACCGUCGCCUUCCGCGUCGUCGCCCCCCCGGCCAUCUCCCGCCUCUACCUGCGGUGGUCGGGCGGCCCAAAGGCAGGCUCUUCGUGCGAUAUUGUGGCGGCGCAUCGCAACCUCCUCCUGUUCAGGCUCACCUCCAACCCUGUCAAGGGGAAGGAUGAGGAGUCCCUGAUUUGGCCGCAGGAGUACUUCAUCUGCCAAGGAUCUUCGCACCAGCCAACGCUGCAGCUCCACCGGAUCCCCAUGUUCACCCAGCGCUCUCUGCAUCUUCGCUCUGUCGGCAUCUUGUCCCGCCCUGAAGGAAAAUUCGUCAUGGCGCAGCUGCGCCUAAGUGAAUCCCGUUUGCCGGCGAAGAUGGAAGCCGAACUGUGCGUUCUACGCUCCAACAAGUGGGAGCUGCUUCGGAAUCUGCAGAUAAAGUACGAAGCCCAUGAAUUAUCCGACUUGAUCCAUUGGAGAACUGACAGAGUGAUCCCUUUCGAAAACUAUCUGUGCUGGCUUAGUUACUUCAGUGGAGGCACCCUGUUCUGUGACGUGUCUGAAAAAAAGCCUAAAAUCUCCUACCAUCGGCUGCCUAUUCAUGACCGAUGUCGCGGUGCAGAUCUACACCGGUUGCGUGAUAUGAACUGCUCUUUGUGCACCACCGAUUCCGGCAGUAAGCUCAUGUUCGUUAGUGUUGCCCCGGAGGAUCAUGAGAUAGUUGGCCCAAUGCUUCCUGGUACGGAUUUUGUUGUAACCUGCCAUACUUUGAGGACACAAGACAUGGUGUGGGAAGAGACGUUCGUCAUCACAUCUCAUGAAAUAUGGGGUUCCAAUGCCUCUCUCUCAUACAAUGCUCUGAUGUUUCCUCUUGUGAGUGUGGCCAAGUCAAAUGAGCUAUACUUUCUAUUGCCUGAGAAAGGGGAGCGUGCAAUUGACAAGGUUUCGGCGAUUGGUGUUGAUACUAUUACCAUGCAUACGGAGAUUCAUCAGUACAUUAAAGGAGAGGAAGACCUCGGGGGUGAAGAUGAUGACAUGGUUAGGCAAAAGUCCCAUCUUCUCCAUCCCUUUAUUCCCUCCGAGUUCCCAAAGUUUUUCUGGCCUCACCAGCUUUGGCGGCCGCUUAGCCGUCACCAGGAUCGCGAUGCCAUCACCUCCAUCAUCGCCGGCCUUCGCUCGAUGGCUCUCCGCUUCGCACCGCCGCUCCCUCCGCCACCUCCCGAGCCGGAUUAGAUCCUUUGUUGCUGUUUCGAACGAUGCGGUUGUCCCGCCUCCUUUGUUUAUUUCCAGGGCUUGUUGAGUUGUGCCCUCAGCAGAACCCCUUGUACUUUGUGUUGUGGUACUCUGUGUGUGUGUGGGUGAACCUUGUUGUAUUGUGUGGCUCUGGUGGUUUGCUUUAUCUAUAAAGCGGGGCGAAAGCCUUUUUCGGUAAUUAUGAUGGUAAUGGUAAAGUGAUCACCAAUGUGUUGGAUAGACGAA